CCUUCUACGCAGUCCUUCGGGCUUUACUUUUAUUCCUUCUCUUCUGCUAUUCUUCUCCUUCUCCCAUCCUCGGUUCUUCAACAAUUUUUCCCCCCCCUCUUCAGGUCCCUCCCACUUUCGCUACUUUCUGGCCAUAUCUACUUACUCCCCCCACACUCACUAUUACUCACCCACUCUCACCCUUGUCUUCUACAUCACAACUCAUCUACUCACUCACUCACCCUCUCUCUAUCUCUGAUUCGACAACCCUAACAACCAUGAAUCCCAACUUCGGCCGGUAUUCCCGGAACUCCCACGUGCGGAACGGACAGCCCACCCCGCCUCCCUACGGUGACAAACGAUGCUUCCAGGAGAUGAAUUCCGGGUCUGCGAUGCAGCAACAUCAGCAACAACAACUCACCCCUCCCUAUGACGACGAAAAGGCUAAGCGGGAGCGAUUCCUGGAACGGAACCGCCUAGCCGCCAGCAAAUGCCGGCAGAAGAAGAAGAAGAUUAACGAGCAGCUGGACCGACGGCACGUCGAGCUCCAAGCUCAGAACACCAAGCUCCACUCGGAAAUUGACGACCUCCGUAGUGAGAUUCUAAGCCUCAAGACCGAGCUGCUGCGGCAUAGCGAUUGUGGGGAUCCCGCUAUCGCUCUCCAUCUCAGUCAGAUGGUCAAGCACAUCACCGCCCUCGACCAUGCCGCUGCGGACCGUCGGGCCAGCGGUCAUCAUCUCGAUAUGAUGGUCAUGGGUGCGGCUGGGCAUGCGUCCACUGGGGCCGGACUGGCAUCCGCCUCGACUGCUUCCCUCACAGCCUCUCCCCCGGGUCUCUCGACCUCCUCGUCCAUGACAUCCCCCACCACCUCCUCCGCUUCCACUACUACGUCCGCUGCCGCUGCCAUGACCUUCGGGUUUGAUAGUCCCUUGCCGAUUGUACCCACCCCCAUCAACAGCGGCAGCAACAACAACAACAAGACCGCAGAUGAUGUCCCACUGGAUCAGGUGCCUGAAUAUCAGUUCUUCAAUGAACUGCUCGACAUGUGAAACGAAUUAUUUUGAUUGAUUGAUUGAUGUCCUAUAUCGUUGCCGGUAUUCGAGCGUGCCCGGCUUCUCCUGCAUAGCGGAAGGCUUACUGAUUGAUUCGUUCUGGGGAUAUGCUUGAUCUUCUUUUUCCCCCCCUAAAAUCCGACGGGAGUUC